UCGCUGGGAGAAUUGCUGCUUCGAUCUUCGCGCGAGGAGGGGCGAAAGGGUGGAGCGCGGAUGCUGGAGGUUCACAUCCCGUCCGUGGGGCCGGAGGCCGAGGCGCCCAGGCAGAGCCCAGAGAAAGGCCACAUGGUGUUCCGAGUGGAGGUGCAGUACCGCGGGCGCAGACACACCAUGCCCAGGCGCUACAGCGAGUUCCACGCGCUGCACAAGCGGAUCAAGAAACUGUACAAAGUGCCCGAAUUCCCCUCGAAACGCCUGCCCAACUGGAGGGCCAGAGGAUUGGAGCACCGGCGGCAGGGCUUGGAGGCCUAUAUCCAGGGCGUCUUGUACCUGAACCCAGAUGUUCCCAAGGAGCUCCUGGAAUUCCUGAAUCUUCGGCACUUCCCCACAGACCCCAAAGCCAGCAGCUGGGGAGCCUUGGGGAAGUUCCUGCCUAAUGACAGCAGCUUGCAGCUGCACCAUCAGCCUGUCAUCGGCUUCUGCAGGGACCCCUACACCUGCAUCUCAUCCCCAGAGCCUCUGCCCAAUGUUGUGGUCAAUGGUGUGCUCCAGGGCUUCUACAGCUUCUGCACCAGUCCAGCAGACGCCCAGCCAGAGGCUCCCGGUCUCCCUGCACCAUGGCCGUUGAUGCCUUGACCAGCCCAGAGGCCUUUCGACCACCUGCCAGGACAGUCAUGUGCCUCAGUCUCGUGAGCCCCAUAAAAGAGGGGCUGGGUCCUCCUUGGCCUGGACUCAGGACUGACCCACCCUGGGUCAGCACUAGUGGCUGGGAUGACAGACCUGCAGGCUUAUAGCCCUGAGGACAGGGCAGGGACAACAGAGGAGAAGGAUAAAGGGAAGAGUUAAUUUCAGGGCAGGCCACGAAGAGGCACAGGUGUAUUUCUUCACCUACACCAGCAGGGGGCAAGCAAAGUUUGAGACAUAAUAGCUGGCAAUUUAGAAGCAAGCAAAGGCUGGACAAUUUGUGGGCAGUGCCUGCAGAGGGUUCAGCCAGAGCCCAAGAAGGGGACGAGUAUCCGCUGCCACAGGCGACCCUGUAGACUUGGGCAGAGGUGUUGCAGGCCCAAGAACCUGGCACAUACACAAGUUAUAUAUUUUUUAAAAACAC